AUGAUGAAGUCGAGGAAACAGAGCCCAAUUGUCAAGAAACGUGAUAGUGCACAGAGUUCAAUUCCCUUAGUUGCACUGAGCCUGUCGACUUCUGUACCUUCAUCUGUCUCUACACCGCUGCAUGGCCAACCUACUACUGCUCGUGGGCAAACCCCCGCGGUUUCUUCGGCUAUGCAAUUAAAACUUAUAUCUGUAGACUUUAAGGAAGCUGCGUUAGACUCUCCAAGUUUUAGGGCAACCAUCAACCACCUCGAUGCUCAGGUUGACAAUAUUGAAAAAUGGUUGCUUGCAUUGAUUAGUACAAUAAGAAAGUUCCCAAACUAUGUGAAAGAAUUGAAGGUGUUUUCAGAUUCAUUCUUGGAACAUCUCCUACCAACUUUCUUACAGGAUGGGUUGAUAGAACAGGAGUAUACUGUUUUAGCCUUGCAAACAGUUUCAAAGGGAAUGCAUAAGCUAUGGGACGCUGCUCUAACAGCUUUGACUUUAGACAGCGGUAUCUUAGACGGUUUAAAGAGCGUCGUAGAGAUAGACAUAAAAGCUUACAAACGACUUCGUAAGAAGUUUGAAGUGAUACAAUCAAAAUAUGAUAGAUAUUUGGCUAUUUAUCAGUCUACGCCGAAAAAUAAAGACCCAAGCAUUGUAAUGGAAGAUGCGUAUCAACUAUUCGAAGUUAGAAAAGAGUACAUCCAUGUUAGUAUAGAGCUCAGCAUUGAGUUAACUACAUUAGGUCACACUCUCGAUAAAGUAUUUGUGAGAUUAACUUCGGAUAUAUGGGGUAAAAAUCUGAAUGUAUUCGAAAAGUUUAAUACUUUUGCAUCGUUUUAUCUGGAACUGACAACGCAAGUACGUAGAAUCCAGAAUUGGUGUGACUCAAAUGAUGUAGCACUAGAUAAAUUACUGUCGGAUAUGGCAACUGCUAGAAUCCAAGUAGAAAAUAGUACCAACUUACAACAUCAACCCUCAACAAAUAUAAAUGACUACAGAACCGCACUAAUUAACAAUACAAACAUUCAAGAAAUAGAUGAACCAUCUACUGAGAAGCAUGGAUAUUUGUUUAUGAAAAGUUGGAGAAAUGUGAAGUCUCGGAAAUCUAAUGGUGCAAAUGAGGGUGACGGCGGAGCAGCUUACGAAGACAAUAACAAUAACCCCAAUUUAUCAAUUAAUAGCGUUGGUAACAAUGGAGGAAAUGGAGGCAGCAACGUGAAUACAAAUGGCAACCACAAAGAAACUGUAGAAAAACGUCAAAUUUGGGUUAAGCGUUGGGCAUUUGUGAAAGGUGGAGUCUUUGGUUUACUCAACUUAAGUCCCUCUAAUACAUUUGUUCAGGAAUCAGACAAAAUCGGUUUGCUUAUAUGUAAUGUGAAGUAUGCGCCUUAUGAGGAUAGAAGAAAUUGUUUUGAAGUCAAGACGAUUGAUUCAACUUUUAUUUUUCAAUGUGAAACUAUAUUCGAAUUGAAGUCUUGGUUAAAGGUUUUCCAAAAUGAGAAAAGUAGAAUCUUGGAAGAAAGUGAUAACUCUAACUUGUUCAACAUUGCAUCAGGUAGAUACCCUCCCAUCUUAAAAGAACUAUCCUGUACUAUAAACACCGUGUCCGAUAGGAUGAUUACAAGUAGUAGGAUAGUUAAUGGUGCUGGCCAAGUAAUUGCUCCAUCUAAACUUUCCACUCACAUAGAAGCGAAUGAAAAAGAUUUCAAAAAGCACGUCUACUACCAAUUGUUACACAUCAGACCUCCAUUUUCUACUGAUUCUACAAAGUCUGCUAUAUUGGCUCAUAGCUUAGUGGAAGCAACUAAUAUACCAACUGCUAUAACUGCAAAUAUAUGUGGUUCGAUUAACUGGGGAUUGUAUUACCUCCAUGAUUAUUCAUCUUUUUUGAAAUUGCGUUCCCCGGAAACUUCUUAUGAAGUCGCCACAGAAAGCUCAACCCCUUCUGAGUUAGCAUAUGAAUCAGAUGACAUUCAAGGUUAUCCAACUAAUUAUCAGCAUUCCAUGUAUCCGAAUGAUAUGCAAAUGAGAGCUUUGUUUGAGACAGGGGUGGGGCGUGAAGAAUAUUGUCUAUUAAGUUUCAGAGUUAUGUGGUCUCCGAAUUCAAGGCAAGAAUUAGGUGGACGAUGCUUUGUCACGGCUGAUCACGUUUAUCUGUAUAUGAAUGCCUUGGGUUUCAUUGCAUAUUACAAAGGAAGAAUUGACCAACUAGUUUCCAUUGAAUACUCUAAACAGCCCGACUACGAUUUAUUACGACUUUACAACUUGAAUGGGGUAGUUAAAAUGAAACUCUUUUUAGGUGACGCUGCUUUGAUAUGCAAGAAAUUAGAUUACUUAAUAAAGAACAAGGUUAGCGAGAAGCCUGAUUCAAUUGAACAGAUAAUGCAGAAAAUGCAAACUUUCGAUAAUGAGAGUGCUAAUGAAAAUACACAAACUCAGCUGGCUAACCUGAAUAUUAAUAGGAAUUUACCUUUAUUGAGUGGGCCUCAAGAGCCAUUUCCUUCAGUAAAUACCCAAAAUUCAUUACUGGAGGCUGAUAUGGCCACGACAUCAUUCAACAAUAUACCUGCAAAUCAGGUUCAGAGUAAAGCUUACAGAAUUGAUUUCACGGACGAGUCCACACUAUUGGCUACCUCUUCUUAUAAUAUUCCGCCUAGGGCUAUUUUUCAUGCUUUACUAGGAGAUAAUUCUGCCAUUUUCAAUCAGAUGUAUUCUUACACGAAAUUAAAGAAAGUUAUAAGGAAACCCUGGAACACCGACCCUACUACAGGCAAAUUGUUCCGUAAAAUUAACACAAUGGCUAUAUUUGAAACUUCUCAACAUGAAGUCCAAAUUGAACAGAGAAUCGAUAAUAUGGAAGACGACAAUUAUUUCAACUUCACUCAUUCAAAAGCAAAGUUCAAAUUCCCAUUUACAGGCGCCUUCAAAAUAGCAUACAGAAUAGUAAUUUAUGCUGAAGGAAGGGAUAAAUCUAGAGUGUUGGUAUACGGCACCCCAGUAUUCGAGAAAGAGCUGGUUCUUAUUUCAACUUUCAUCAAGAAAAAUGGCGUAAGAGUAUGUAAGCAAGAGGCACAAUCGUUGCUCGCAUCACUUAAGGAGGCUGAAAAGACAAUUGGAACUCAUGGAAUGACAGUAAAGGCAAUAUACAUAUUCGGAAAGCUCUCCAAAGCGAUAUAUAAAGACGAUACUCCUGAUGUUCCAGCCACGAAAUUUGGAUUCCUCACAAUUUUAUACUUGUUGAUAUACAGAGUGGCAGUCUACUCUUUAGGAUAUACUUCUCAAUUCUUUCAUAUCUUAGCUAACGGAAUCAUAUCGUUAAUUAGAGCUAUCAGAAUGAAUCAAUUGAUCCUCUUAUUUCUUACAAUCUCCUCGUUGUUCAAUGUAUUCCUAGUUGGCAGAAGUACGAUUUCAUUUUGGACUGCUCGAAAGGUUUCUCAAAUGGCAGAUUCAUAUCUUUCUUCGGAUACUUGGACGAUUCAAAGAGCUGUAUAUGUUAAGGACACAGAAGAUAUGUUGAAAAGAAGUAUUAGCGUAUCACACGCAAAUGAAUCUGAACCCUCUCGUGUUUAUGAUUCUUUCAGAAAAAUAUCUUUCUGUCUAAAUCAUGGUAGAAUGUCUUCUUGGGAUUCUGAGUAUGGCGAUAGUCAGACAAGAGAAACUGCCAAAAAUUUGAAAAGAUCCAUUCAGGAAAUAGCAGUAAAAAGAAAUGAACUACUUGUUCACUUGAACAUGUUGAAUCAAAUGGAAGAGGAAAUCGCUAAAGGAGAAUGGCAAAAUUGGCUUUUAAAUGAAAUUCAUAGGUGUGAAUUUAUACAGAAUGAGAUACUAAGUAUGACAAGCAACUUAGAAGAAUUGGAAAGUGGAACUGAAAGCAUUAUUGAUUAUUGUAAUUCAUGUUCCAUUGAAUUAAAACACUUAGAACUUAUUUAG